AUGUUCAAUUACAUUGUGUGUGCCAUUGAGGAAUUCAAAGACAUUUCUACAUUGAGUCUUGAAGAAUUGCAGGGAACUUUAGAAGCAAGAGAGUUAAGAAUGGAGGAAAAGAACAUAAUGAAAUCUGGCGAUCAGGCCCUGACAGCACAAGUGUACAAGAAGAGAGAUAAGAAAAAUAAGUGGAAGAAGAAUAAAUUCAAAAUAUCUGAGGACAAGUAUGAGUCUUCAUCAAAGGGAGGAAGUGCAAAUGGCAAACCCAAAGGAAAAUCAAAGAACUUUGAUAAGAAGAAGGUUCAAUAUUACAAUUGUGAUAAAUUUAGACAUUUUGUUGAUGAAUAUUGGUGUGGUAAAGGAAAGAAGAAGAAGAAAGAUGAGGAUGAGGCAUGUGCGGCUCAAGAAGAUGAUUCAGACUCAAACACAGUUUUGUUGAUGGCUACCACAAAUGAAGAACGUUUUUCUUUAGACUCAGGAACAGUCUUAUUGAUGGCUAGCACAAAUGAAGAACAUUUUUCUUCUCAAUUAUGGUUUCUUGACGCUGGAUGUUCAAAUCACAUGACAAGUCACAAAGAACCGUUGAUGGAUAUUGAUACAUCAAGAAGGAGCAAGAUCAGGUUUGCUGAUGAUAGAACGUUGGAAGUUGAAGGAGCUGGAAACAUGGUGAUCAGGAGAAGAAAUGGCAAAACAAUGGUGAUUGAAAAUGUGUUGUAUGUUCCAAGAAUGAAAAGCAAUUUGUUGAGCAUAGGGCAACUGAUUCAGAAAGGAUAUCAGGUGAUUAUGAAGGAUGAUACCUUAAAGAUGUAUGAUGGAGAAAAGAAUAUGAUACUAAAGGCUCAUCUCUCAAAGAACAUAACAUUUGUCAUCAACAUACAAGCUACAGAUAUCCAAUGUUUGAAGGCAGUAAGCUUAGGUGAUGAGGACUAG